GCACGAAUGAAAAAUACAGAAAAAUACAGUGUUAGAUCAUUGGGAAAUACGUGGCAGCGAGCCAUCAGAUCAAUUGAGGUUAUUCUUGUCUUGCCUCCCCCUGUAUGUCCAUGUGCCGUGGCAUAAACAGCGCGUUAGUUAUCUGGUGGCUUCAGAAUCGUUGCUUAUGGAUUGUAGAGCCGUUAAAUGACAAGGAAGGUUCUGCAAGCUGUUCUUUACUCCAUUCUUGGUCAUAUCGAAGGCCACUGACGCUUGCCCGAUACCUCGACCGAAGCACCUCCGCGGGACUGUUUAUCGUUCGUGCAUCCUUCUCGAUGCCAAUCCGAACGUGGGCCUUAUUCUUGUCGAUGCCUCCAUCUCUGCCUUCGAGUUCCUCGACCCCUGCGAGCGAUCCAGUCGAUGUCGAUCAUCGCAAGCGCCGGCGUAAUCGGACGACCCAUUCUUGUCUCAAUUGCCACACCACGAAGCGCAUGUGCGACCGGAAACGGCCUUGCUCUCGAUGCACGCGCCUUGGUCUUACAGGGAAUUGUGUCUA